AUGUCGAUGAUUGACUCGGACAGCCUCCGAUCGGAAUAUAAAGAUUUAAACGUCAAUUACUACCUUUCCCUCGUGGCUUUCUCGAUACUGUACUACGACUAUGCUCUCACCUUUGCCUUGGAAGUAUCACGUUUUUGGGUACACCGGGGAUUCUCCUGGGCCGCUUUCUUUUUCUAUCUGAAUCGCUAUCUCGGAAUAUUUGGGCAUGCGCCGGUUGUUAUGGAAUACUUUUGGACCGGGUACGCAUCCAAUAAAGCUCAACGACACGUCAAGUUUAGAUGUCUCAAGCUCCAAACGUAUCACCAAUACUUCGUUAUUAUUGUACAGAUUGUGGUCGCAGUGAUGCUGAUCAUGCGCACAUAUGCGCUAUACGACAGAAGUCGCAAAAUUCUCAUCGUUCAAAUAGGUGUUGCCGUUACGGCUACUAUUUUAGGCGCUUACGCAGUCGCGUCGGGUAAAAAAACGAGCCCUGAUGCGGAUCCUGCUGAUAUCGUUCCGUCCAUUGGCUGUUCCACGUCACUGACGAAAGACUCCGCCGCGCGCCUAGGAAUCGCCUGGUGCGGCAUGCUGGUGUUCGACAUCAUGGUGUUCACCCUCACCCUUCACAAGGCAUUGCAGCUUCAGCGUGCUGGUGGGGUCAAUUUGCUCACUUUGUUGCUGAGAGAUGGCUCGGUUUAUUUUGGAGUUAUUGUUGUCUCCAACCUUGUCAAUAUAUUAACCUUCUUCUUGGGAAACGCCCACAUUCGAGGGGUAUUCACGACAUUUACGAACGUAAUUUCAAGUACAAUGCUCUCACGACUUAUGCUAAACAUCAGGGAUCCAAAGCUCCUUCAUACUCCACUGAGUACGACAGUAACGGAAUAUCCUAUGAUAUCCACUUUUGUCGACUCACCUACGAGGCUUGGGCCCGCAGCACCUGCCAGUAUGGACCCUGAAAGCCACAGCAGACACUCCGGUACACAGCAUUAA